AUGACUAGAAGUUCCGGAGCCCGCUAUAUGCAAUGGCCGUGGGCGUGUGUUAGACCCAUCUUAUUUGUGCGUAGCUCGGCUUCCAUAGGCCUUCGUCGCGAGGUAGUCGAUACACAAUCGCCAUCGGGGAGCAACGUUUUGAGGCUUACACGGCGAUUUGCUGGUUCGGUGAAAGAAGUGAGCCCCGUUGUGCAAAUAGAUUCUAAGGGAAGUAGGAAAUUCGUGUAUGACAACUUCGGAAGGUUACGUGUAUUCUUCAAGUUUCUCAUAUUCCAGAGCAUACCUCUUGCGAUAUUUGCCUACUGCUAUCGUAGGUUCGAGAAGGAACGUCAGUGUUUAUAUUCAAUCCCCCUUGAAACAGUGGAUGAAGCGCUGCGUCAUUUGUGGUCGAUUACACGUAACGCGCACUGUUUUCUCCAGGUGGGCGGGAAAUUUUAUAUAGUUAAUUACUCCGUGGGGUCUGAUGCGGGUUUUCGUGCUGUAGAUACGCUUGAAGGAUUUGUAAGCAAAUUUCAGAGGGACCACCGUGAUGCACUGCGGAACAUUUAUGUAUCGUACCCCAAUGAUAGGAACAUUGACAGUAGCAUAGAGUCGGAAAACAACAUCGAACUUCUGUUUUACAACCAAUCGUUAGAUUCUUUCGCUUCAGUAAAAGCUGUGGCGCACAUAAUUACUGAUCCGGGUCAUAGAAAACAGGCGUGGAAUCCCAAACUGGGUCCUGACACCAACAACCUUGCGAUUCUCAACACGAAAGCUGUACGUAUCGGAUUCGGCAACAACAACAACAAGUCUAUUGCUUUUGAAAACAAAGGCGACUGGAUUUUGUCAAAAUGA